GACUGAAAUUUUCCAAACCAGGUGUCUGCCCAAGGAAGAAAUUGUUUGAAGAAGCUGCACAAAACCUCUCACUGGUCUGGCUGCUGAAUGGGCUCAGAGGAAGGAGGGUUUGCCCACGGCCGAGGAGAGCAACAGCAGCGGGCGGAGGAGCUCUUCCAGCAGGGAGUGUUUGAAGAGGAGCCCGCAGAGCCCCAAAGCCGAGGGCUCCGACUCGGUGACAUCUCAGUCCUCCCCCAGUGAAGAGGCUGGAAUGAUGACUGAGGUGAAAGUGAAGACAGAGGUACCAGAUGACUACAUCGAGGAGGUGAUCUGGCAGGAUGACACCAAAGAUUCCAAGAAGAACAUCAAGGACGGGCCGGGGGACGUGCCUGCGGAGAUCUGCGUGGUCAUCGGCGGCGUGCGCAACCAGCAGACGCUCGAUGGAAAAGCAGUGGAACGUGACUCUUCCGUUGGAUAUACACGAAAUCGAUAUUCAGGGACCUGGAUUUUUGACCAUGCAUUGAGAUACACGUCCGGGUCUUACGAGUGUGGAAUUUGUGGGAAGAAGUACAAGUAUUACAACUGUUUCCAGACCCACGUGCGAGCACACAGAGACACCGAAGCUGCCUCAGGGGAAGGAGCCUCACAAGGCAGUGCCCCUCUGGCUGCGGAAAGGGAGAAGAAGCCUCUCUCCAGAGCUGUCUUUGUGCUGCCCUGGGUGGAAUCCACAGAAACAAACAAUUUUAGGUACACGUGUGACAUUUGUGGGAAAAAAUACAAAUACUAUAGCUGCUUCCAAGAGCACAGAGACCUACAUGCCGUGGAUGUUUUUAGUGUGGAAGGGGCCCCAGAAAACCGGGCAGACCCCUACGACCAGGCUGUCAUCGCCGCUGACGAGGUGAAGGAGGAGGAGCCCGAACCCUUCCAGAAGAUUGGGCCAAAAACUGGCAAUUACACCUGUGAGUUCUGUGGCAAGCAGUACAAGUACUACACUCCCUACCAAGAGCACGUGGCUCUGCACGCCCCCAUCAAGUUCUCUCGAUCUCCACUCUUCGUGGCAGUGAAGACACAGACGAGCCAGUCCAGCAAAAAGUCGCCGGCGUCCAUAAACCGCUGCUCCAGCCUCCUGCACCGCGCGCCCUCCGGCGUCCCGCCCGCCUCCCAGGCCCAGAUGUUCCGCGCUCCCAACUCCGCAUCCCCAGGAAGCAAGGCCAUCACAGCAGAAAGUGCUUUCAGCAGAAGAGUGGAAGGCAAAGUGCAAAACAACUUUGAAGAAACAAACAGCAAUUCCCAGAACUCCAGUGCUGGUCAUUCGGGGACAGAGAAACCUAAAGAAAAGAGGUGUAAGCAGAACCCAUCAGAGCCUUACACCUGUGGAGCUUGUGGAAUCCAGUUCCAGUUUUAUAACAAUCUCCUGGAGCACAUGCAGUCCCACGCAGCUGACAAUGAGAACAACAUUGCCUCCAGCCAGCAGCCCAGGUCACCUCUCCCCGUGGUUGAAGAGAAGUGGAAGCCACAGCUCCAAAGAAAUAAUGCCAACAACACGCCGGCGAGCGGCUCUCUGGGGAACAGCGCCAUCCCGGAGAAGGAGCGGCAGAACAUCGCCGAGCGCCUGCUGCGGGUCAUGUGCACCGACCUGGGCGCGCUCAGCGUGCUCAGCGGCAAGGAGUUCAUCAAGCUGGCGCAGACGCUGGUGGACAGCGGGGCUCGCUACGGUGCCUUCUCCGUCACCGAGAUCCUGGGCAACUUCAACACCCUGGCUCUGAAGCACCUGCCUCGGAUGUACAACCAGGUGAAGGUGAAAGUCACCUGCGCCCUGGGCAGCAACGCCUGCCUCGGCAUCGGGGUCACCUGCCACUCGCAGAGCGUCGGCCCCGACUCCUGCUACAUCCUCACCGCCUACCAGGUGGAGGGCAACCACAUCAAGAGCUACGUCCUGGGCAUUAAGGGCGUGGACCUUCGAGACAACGGUGAUUUCAUCCACCACUGGGUGCAGAACGUGCUGUCGGAGUUUGUGAUGUCGGAGAUCAGGACGGUGUACGUGACCGACUGCAAGGUCAACUCCUCGGCGUUCUCCAAGGCGGGCAUGUGCCUGCGCUGCUCGGCCUGUGCCUUGAACUCGGUGGUGCAGAGCGUGCUCAACAAGAGAACGCUACAGGCUCGCAACAUGCACGAGGUGAUCGAGCUCCUGAAUGUCUGUGAAGACCUGGCGGGGUCCACGGGCCUCUCGAAGGAGACCUUUGGCUCCCUGGAAGAGACCUCCCCGCCGCCCUGCUGGAACUCGGUCACCGACUCCCUGCUGCUCGUCCACGAGCGCUACGAGCAGAUCUGUGAGUUCUACAGCAGGGCCAAGAAGAUGAACCUCAUCCAAAACCUGAACAAACACCUGCUUAGCAACCUGGCAGCCAUCCUGGCGCCAGUGAAACAGGCCGUGAUCGAGCUGAGCAACGAGAACCGGCCCACGCUGCAGCUGGUGCUGCCCACCUACGUCAAACUGGAGAAACUGUUCACUUCCAAAGCCAACGACGCUGGCGUGGUCAGCAAACUCUGUCACCUCUUCUUGGAGGCGCUGAAGGAGAACUUCAAAGUUCACUCGGCACACAAGGUAGCCAUGAUCUUGGACCCUCAGCAGAAGCUGCGGCCCGUCCCGCCCUACCAGCACGAAGAGAUCAUUGGCAAGGUCUGCGAGCUCAUCAAUGAGGUGAAAGAGUCCUGGGCAGAAGAAGCAGAAUUUGAACCUUCAACCAAGAAGCCUCGUGCAGCAGGGGAGGCCACAGCAGCUCAGGAAGAAGAUUGGUUUGGGAAAAGUGAAGUCUAUGAUUAUUUGCAAGAACCUCUCUUCCAGGCCACCCCUGACCUGUUUCAGUACUGGUCGUGUGUUACCCAAAAGCAUACGAAACUAGCCAAGCUGGCCUUUUGGCUCUUAGCAGUGCCUGCUGUGGGUGCCAGGAGCGAAUGUGUAAAUAUGUGUGAGCAGGCACUCUUGAUCAAAAGGAGGCGGCUACUCAGUCCAGAAGACAUGAACAAACUCAUGUUUUUGAAGUCCAACAUGCUUUAAGACUUUAAUUAACAAAACUUUAAAACACUGUUCCAAACAAAGAAAAAGAAAUUUAAGUUCUAAACACUGUGGACCUCAUUAUGAAUGCCCCUGGAAACCAAGUGCUUUUUUAUAUAUAUAUAAAAAUAUAAAUAUAUAUAAAAUUAAGUUUGAAAGGAAAGCUGAGCACAGGAGAGAGACAGCCCUCUGCCAGGAAUGUGCUCCUUUCCAUAGAUAGUGUGUGGACUUGACAGACUUUCUAAUGUUUUCAAGUGGGCAGACGAAUGGGAGGCUGAUGUUCUAAAGUCUUCAGGCAGCUGAGAUCUAAAGUGACUUGAAGUUUCUUUUGUUUCUCCUCCACCCCACCUUUCCUCUUGUCCCCUGGGCCAUCUUGCCAUGGAUAAUCAGACUCCAUUGACCAGACCAGUUCUGCACUGGACUUUGCUCCUUUGAAUAACUGUACACCUUGAGGGCACUUGGCUGCAGCCUUCUUGGCAUGGUGCGUGAAUCAGGGCAGCUGUGUUCCACCAACACCGGCAUCUUUAGAAAUCAGGAAGGGAGGCUUUAAGGUUUUUGAUUCUUAAUUUUAUUUUUAACCUUUCCAUAUCCUUUUUUUUUCCCAAAAAACAAAAGUUACUCCUUUGUCUCUACUCCCAGUUUUGAGUUUAACAUGGCAGCAAGUGAUUAUAAGUUUGAUUUCAAACUAAGAGAAAUGGUUCAUGGCAGAAACUGUCAGAAGUUGUUACGUUUCUUGGCUUUAUAUUUUUUUACAGCAGAACUUCUUUUCUGAACUCCCGGUGUUAAUUUUCUUUUCUGUGAAUUUUGUACAUCAAGUGUUCUCAGACUUGUUCUAGAGUAGUCCAUUUGCAAUUAAAUGAUGUUCUUAUGGGAACCUCAGCAGUUGUUUAUGUGGCAAAGCCUAGAAACCAAGAAAAGCAAAUGGUGACAGCACAGGUGGCUGUGGGCCACCAGUAAGCUUGCCAGGUCUGCCAGAGAACCCUUGUACCUAAAGAUUUUUGUUUAGAAGUGUCUCAGUGACACACAAACCACCCUUCCCAAGGCCAAGGACAAACCAAGGUGUAUGAUUUUUCAGGGGAACAAAGCUCACCAGUUUUGUCAAACUGGGGUUUGAAGGAAGCUUAGAGAAGUGCAUGGGCUCAAAGAUCCUUCUGAAUGUAAGUGCUCCUGAUUGAGUGCAAAGAAUAUCUUCCCCUUUUUGUUUGGAAUGGUUUCCUCUAGUGGCACGAAUGUCUUUUUGAUACCUACAGUGCAUUACACUACUUGUUCUGUUGCUGACCUGUUCUGGCCAGGAAGGCCACGGGCCCCGAAACUUUCACACGUAACUGGCUCACCCCAAAUGCAAUUAGAGAUCCCCAUAACCCCAAACCAUCUGGUCACUCUGCUGUCCCCAAGGCCAGAGCUCCUGCAGGCACAGCUCCUGGGCUGCUGGAGAGGCUCUGCCAGCUUUGGUGCCUCUUGGACAAUUCCCAACCUCUGGUGCCAAACUGUGCAUUUUUCACUGCUGGGACUUGUCUCCUGGAGGAAAACUGAAGCAAAUUCUUCUUUUUUCAGCUCCUGGGCUUCCAGGAGCUCUGGAGCUGCGGUCCCAGUGGUGUGGGAGGGUCAGGAGGAGGACUGGCCCUGCUGAGAGCAGGCUGGAGCCCUUCAGCAGCACAGGGAGUUUGCUGCUGGCUGGCAAUGCAGGGGGAAACUGGAGACCCUCUCUGCAGUGCUGCUGUUGAGCAGAUGUUAAACCAGGAUCCCACCUGCCCUGCUCUGGCUGUAAGAGAAGUUGCAAGUUGCAAGACGUGAGAAAUAGCAAACCCAAUCUCUCAGGCUUUGUGUGCAGAUGCCUUGAACCUCACAGGCACUCCCUGACACUGCACUGCCACAGGACUCAGGGGCACAGUUUGCACACUGGACCCUUCCCCACGCCAGGCUCACGAGGACAGACCUUGGCACCAGCUGUCUUGCCCUUUCCAGCCCUUUCAACCUUCCAUUGCCUUGAGGCUGGUGUUUGGGUUGACCUCUCAGCACUGUUACUGCCAUCAGACCAAAACCAUUGUCUCCUGAAGUGUUAAUUUUUGCCUAAAGCACACGGCCUGCCACAUGAACAGGAGCUGCCAAGGCAGAGGCUCCUGGACUCCUGAUUUCCCUGUCAGUGGCUGAUGGAGGGGUUGCUGUAGGGCCAGCUUUCCUUCUUGCUGCUUUUGUUUUCUCCUGUACAAAUCCUGCAUGCCCAGCCACCAGGGCAGGAGAAACCUGUGGCAGACAGAAAUGAACCCUGAGUGAGUGAGAUGUGUGCCAGGCCCACUGGUACCUGCAGCAGGAAAACUUGGCUGGUGCAUGUCCCAGAGAGGAUUAGCUGUGGGCACAGAGGUACCACACAGCUCAGCUGAUGGCACAGGGAUCAGGAUUGGCAGCUCCUUCUCCUAAUGGCACGUUACACCUUUUUGUGUGGCUCACCUGAGACCCUGAGAGCUCUUUGGUGCUCAGGGGAACAUGCAGAGCCCUUGGAUUCCUUUGGAAAGACAGCUCCAGCCCCAGCCCUCCUUUGCUAAGGGACAUGUAGAUGAUUUCUGUGGAAUUUGUGAACUCGGGCUCACGUUGUCUGGUGAGAAGUGGGCAGAGUUAGCACAGCUGUAAAUCCCUGGAGCUGAGUUGGGCAAAGUGCAGGGAUUUGUGCCCAGCAGUGGUGCAGACUGAGGGCCUGCAUGCAGGAAGGCCACAGCCACCCCUACCUCCCAUCCCACCUCCCCUUUCCCUUCUCACACUGUGGGUUUGGCACCAGAGCUGGCGUUUGCUGGUGGUGCUGACCAAAGAGAGGGAUGGACUGGCCCUCUCCCCCAUCCCAAAAACUGCCCCUCUGAGGCAACUUCACUUGGAGUUGCACUAAUGAUGGGUGUUAAGCAGUGAAGUCAGGCAGAUGAGAUUCUCCCAAAGACUUAAAAACUCAGCAGCUGCAAAAGCAAGAGAAAACCUAAGGGCCUAAAGUGGAGCCUUCUCAGAGGUGGUGAGGAGAGGGGCUGCUUGGCCCCUUCUCCAGAGACUCAGUGCAGGAAGGUGCAGCUUUUCCUGACUUGCACAUGGCUGCAGGGUGCCCAGCUCAGAGGAGCUGCUUGUGCUGGGCUGCUCCAGGCUCUCUCUGGGUCACUUGGGCCUCAGUAAAAGCAGAGAAGCAUAUCUGGAGCACAUGCAGUUACCUUAAAUGCCAAGUUUUUGCUCUUCUUCCUUCUUCCAGGCUUGAAUUCACAUUCUGAGGAGCAAAAGUACUUUUCCAAGGUCUGAAAUUUGGAAACUCUCUGUUCCUGCUGUUUGGUGCCCCAGAGGUGAGGAGCAGCCAGGGUGUUGUAGGGAGCUCUGCUGGUCCUGGGCUGGGACACUGCUCAGGAGAGGCUCUGAGUUUGGCCAGGGCUGUUGUGAGGUUCUGCUCCCUUGGAGCUGGGAGGAGAAAUCCUCAGAACUGGGAUCAUCCUCUGGUGGGUCAUGUUGAGAACUUGCCUUCUGCUUGUUGGUUUUCUUUAAUCUCCCUUGUGAAAUGUGUCAGGGUGCAGGAAUGGUGUGUGGCCUUCAGGCAUCCACCUGUUCUGCUGCUGACUGUGCCUGACCUUGCAGACUCUUCCUGGCUUCACAGUUUGCUUUGGGAGCAUUCUGACCUUCAGAUGGGGAGCAAGCAGCACCAGGUGAGCCCCAAGAGGGAAGGGCCUGUCUGAACACUCUUGUUAGUGAAGAGGAUGGGACAGAGGCAGAGCUCUUGAGGAGGUUGUUUCUGUGUGGAGCAGCAGCCAGGAGGUCAGGAAGGAGCUCUCCUGCCUCUCAGUAGGCAGUGGUUGUGUUUGGCUUGCAGGAUGGACUUGCUGUCCUGCACCUGGCUUGAGUUGGAAUGGAGGUGAGCUUCCCUUUCUGUCCAAGCUCUCUGUCUGUGCUGAGGAAACUGCUGUGGGUGGGUUUGAACUGGUGCAAUCUGUAAAACUUUCUGUGACAGCUGACUGUGGGCUCAGGUUUUGCCUAACUCAGUUGUUCCUUCAUUGCUGGUUAAGCCAGUUUAACUUGAGCUGAACUGGUUUAAGUGUCCACACAAAGCACCUGCACUGGUUUAUCUGUGCUUGCUGGGCAGACAGGAUGUCCAGUAGCAGCUCAGGGAGUCAUGACCCUUAUGUGACUUUUGCAAAUGAAUUUGCAGCAGAUGCUCUCAGAACCUGGCAAUGACUGAAAAUAGAGGGGAGACACUUCUGGAAAUGACUUGAGCUCUAAAUUGUGGCAUUGGAGUGUCCAGUGAGAUGGCUCAGGUGGGUUGGGUGGUUUUUCUCCAACUGUCUGCAAUAACCCAGAAGGUUUAGCAUGGGAAGGAAUUACCAAAAAUGUUUGUGUUGGUGGCUGAGUCUGCUCAGAGGACCCAGUUCCAUUCUGGCCAUGGUGAGCACAGGACAGGGGACUGGAACCUCCUGCUGCUCCCACAGUGCCCUGGGCAUUUCUAGGCAGCACCAUGUUACUGGUGAAUCAAAAUGCAUUAAAAGAGCAGCCAGGAAGGUUCUCCAAGGCUGGGAGUGCUGCUCUGUGCUGAGGAGAGGCUUGGAUUGCUGAUGGCACCUCUUGGCUGAGGGAGAGGCAGAGGCUCCUGUGAGCAUUCACACAGGAAGGGACAAGCUGUUCCCUAUGGAGUAAUUAGGAGUAAUGGAAAAAAAAAAUAUAUACUAAAGGCAGAUUCUGGGAAAUCUCUUCAGGGAGGAGAGCUCUGUUCCUCUGGGAGGGGUCUGAGGGGAAGGUUUUGAGCCCUGUUGCUGAAGACAAGGCUGCAGAGUGAAGCUCACUCCAUAAACACUUGGCUGGACCUUGCCAAGAGAAAAGGAACUGGGUGUAGGGGUGGGAAGUGCCAGGUUCCUGCCCAGAGCCCUCCAGGAGGGUUCACAGAGCCUUUUCCUCCUCAUCACCAGCAGCAAGGCCUUGCCAGCUCUCAGUGCAUCCCUCAGCCAGUUCCUGCAGGGAGGGAGGCGGCAGAGGGGAAGCUGCCAGUGGAGGAGCAAAUGUCCUGUGGGAUCAGUGUGGGGAGGGUGUUCAGUGUCUGCUGCUCCUGCUGAGCUUUCCUCUGCUGCUCCAUGGCCUGGGAUCCCCUGGGAAUGCCCAGAGCCUCCAGCUGAGCCCCGUGCCCUGUCAGACCUGACGCUGUCGCUCUGUAGCAAUAAGAACUCCCUGUGUGUGUGGGACCUGUCCCCUCACUGCUCUGUCACCUCCUGGCGCUUCUGGAAGUGUCCCUGAGCAAACCCUGAGGCCCAGCUGAGCUCCUGGGACAGUCUGCUUACGCUAGGCCAGAAAUGGUGAACCAAUGACAGUGGGUUGUCCUGAAAUUUAAUUGUAUCUGUUGAAUGUUUGUGGGAUUUCUGUUUAAUUUCAGGUUUAGUUUGGCUGCUUAGUUGAGGUUUUUCCUGUUCUGAGUCCUUUGUAACUCGACAGGAGAGUUUUGCUCACAUAGACAAUGGUGUAUCCAUAGACCCUGAGGGGUUCCUUAUCCAUAGGCAGCUGAGUUGGAAUUUUUGGCUCCUGAAACAAGGAAUGAUGACUGGCAGGAUUUUAUGUAGCAUCCCUGACAGUGGGACCCAGAUGAGCAACUCAGGCUUAAUGAUGGGAAUAUUGUAGGAAUAUUGUUGAUGACACGUCCAACCCUUGCUUUUUACAACCAAAGCUCCUUAAAAAGGCACUUCCAGCCUCACUGGCCUCAAAUCCUUGUUCUCACCUCCCAGGGGUGGCAGUCUCUGCAGUGUCUGUGGAUAGGCUGGGAUUGUUUCUUCAGUGGGCUGGGGGUGUGGGAGAAGGGAUAACUUUUCCCCUUGCUGUGUAGGACCUUCCCCCUCAAGGAAGGAGAUGUGUUCUGGAAGGAGCAGCAGAUUUAGGAGCUGUUUUCCAUGGUCCCUUGAAGCUUGCUGGUACUUUAAUACUCCUUUUUCUGAAUUGUUUGAAGGAAAGCUGGUAGUGGAUGACCUGCCCAGUGGUGGCAGGUGGCAGCCCAGGCUGUCAGUGGGGGGACACUCUGCCCAGGCCGUGAGGAUUGUAGUCCACGCCGUAGCCAGACAGUGUCAUGGUGACAGCCAACCAUCAGGAGAUCCUUGUUUGCAGCCAGUCUGAAAAGAGAAGCUGUUCCUCACUCGUGAGUUCCAUUUCCCAAACCUCCUCCUGGGAGCUGAACUCGUUUCAUCAAGCAAAGGAUUUAAUGUUCUCCUGCCCCUCCUGGCCCUCCCUGCCCUCAGUAACUCGUGUGCAUUUCCUUCCUUUCUGUAGAUGCAGAUGUUCUAGGCAAUACCACAGAGCACCCGCGCUGCGAGUGCGACCAUGUCAUCUUAAAAAAUACAAAAAAAAAUAUACAAAAAAUAUACAAAAAAUAUCUUUUUUAGGCCAGAGUUUUCUACAGGUAUUAAUGAAUAUUUUUCUUAAUCCUUAUAAGUUUUAUGUGUUUAAUAUUUCUUAAUACCGGUAGCAUUAAUUUAUACUUUUGUAGCAACACAAUAUUUUUAUAAACCGCCACCGCUGGCUUUGUCUUCAUAACGGGAAACGUGCGGGCAGCUGGCCCCGCGCUGUACCAUGUACUGUAUUUAAAAGGUUAUCUAAUGUCACACUUGCUGUGUUAAUAAACAAAACAAAACCUGUUUGAAGUCUCAUGUAUUGUUGGUGUGGAUCAAAUGACUCACUAGAGAGCAAUAUUGCACGGGGUUGAGUUGCUGAUUUUCAUUGUGAUAUGCGAACACUUGAGGCCAACUCAAGUUCUGAGGUUUUUUUUUUUUUCUUUUUAGGAUUUUGUUUUGUUUUUGUUUUGUUUCGGGUUUUUUUUUCAGCUAAAUAAAUUCAGUGCUGUUUGAAACUUAGACUGACGUCAAAUGAAAAGGAUUAUUAAAGAAAAAAAAAUAUCAAGGUGUUUAAAUGUUGCUGUUUUUACAAGUCUGUUGCUGUCUGAAUGGAAAUAUUCCACGAGAGGAGGAAUAGUUCCACUUAGCUUCCAAAGGGGCCGAGCUCCAGGCCAGAGUUCGGUUAUUUGGAAAUACCUUAGAGACAUGUUUCUGCAACAUUCUUUUCAGAAUUGAUGCCAAGGCAGAAGACAAACUGUAACUGUAAGAAAGCAUCCGUUGCUUGAGGAUUUUCAUGUCAGUGUUGUAUUUAUGGUUUUACAAUAAAACAACCUUUAGGGGAAAAAAA